AUGGUGAUAAGAUUGGCAUGUCAAUGCCUGUGUCGUAUAUGCUGUAAAAGGAGAGUUAGCAAAACUAAAAACGAUUAAAAUCUUGAUUGCUGCUCUCCUUUAGCACAAUUUAGCGCGAUUAGAAAUAACACACCCGUCGACUCAAACUCGUUAUGUGUCACAAGAUAAUUGGAUUUGAUCAAAUGAGUUUGUAAUAUAAAUUGGCCAUCAUGAAGAGUUUCUGCAGCUGACGUUUCAAGCGUUACCCUUUUGUCAUGCGCUUUGACAGCGAAUUUACAAUCUCAAUUUAGUAAAUGUAACCACACUUUCUUGAUUUAACCCCAACCAACGCAACACCAGAGUUUCCUCAGUUAUCCCCUUUAUCGCAUAGUUCCCUCAAUUUGGUAAGACAACGAACCAGCGAAAAAUUUUAACACCUGACUUAGGCCUUCCGGAGUUUUAUGACCAUGUAUCAUUCGGUACAAUUUAAGAUUUUGCAAAUGUUUUCUCAAAUUUGAGAAAAACGAAAUUUUGAAACUUUUUGCAAGAUUGUUUAAGUGUGUCGCUUUCCCGGCCUGCUCUUUCACUCGACUUUUCGGACUGAGAGCACACUACAAUUACUCCAUAAAAUUUCCGUACAGUUUUUCCGUUGCAAGCCUUUAAAGACUGUCUGACCUCCUUUUCAUUACCAUAAACUGCAGCGCAGUCGAUUAGUCAUUGGUGACCUUAUCUGGUUUGCUUUUACAUGUCCCAAGGCCAAGAACGGGUAGCGAACUACCUUUGUUUAAUUUGAUGGUAUCUAUGUGAUUUUAAGGAACAAAUCAACGCUCUCCCAGAUUUUAUUCCCUAAGGUAAGGAUAAGCUUCGAGCUUCUGUAGGAACGCUCGGGUCGUUUGUUUUCUUUUUCUCCCAAGUUUAGACGCGGAAAACUAGGGAUGCAAAAUUUUUGCCUGAAUACACUGAUUUUUCAACAAUCUGGCUGGUUUUUCCUUAUAUUCAUUUCAUCCUUGAUCAAAACACACCCAUGUAGACCUUACAAACGAAGAGGAAAUAUACACAAGAAUACUCAAUUGGAAAGAAAAGUGCUUCAAGAUCCGAAAAUCGACGGUGAUAAUACUCCUAACGAUCGAUGAGCAAAUCAUCAAAUUACUUUUUUUAUAAGGAUUUAUCAGUGCGUGUUUUUUUGUAGUUGUCUGUUGCGUGGUUUAAUAGAACUAAUAAAUUGGUAAAAUUAAAUGAUGAGGUAAACUUACUACAAUCAAAAUCAACUGUAACAAUGUUAAAUGAUAGUUUCAGUCUAUAUCAUGAUGUUGUUUGUUUUGCAUUUAUACCAAAUUAUACUAUAUACAGAAAUUUUAAAAAUUAUGAAUUAGAAAGACCAGAUGCAACAAGUUAUACGUUUUUUACGUUAUGAUCAGGUAAUUUAAUUAUUAGCGGAACUUUUACAAAAGAGAUUUAAAUAAUUCCAUUUAUAUGAGAUUUCAUCCUAAUUCAACAACAAUUCCAUGUUAUUUUUCAUUUAACACAAAACUAGACUCUUUUUUAUUAUAUUUUACACCAUAUGGUGCAAGAGGAGUAAGAAUCGACUAUUCAAAUAGAUCAUUUAAUGUAGGCAUAUAUCAUUCGAAAGCAUCAGGAGAUGAAGAAUCACAUACAUUUAAUGAUUAUCAGGUAAAACAGUAGUAACCUUUAAAAUUAAGCCGAAAAAAUUUGGAUGGGCUACCGAUCGCGUACGACCGUACGACCGUGUUUUUUCGUUCGACGACCAUUUUGAAUGACGUCAUAAUUUCGUUGCGCAAAGGCGCGAUAUAACUAGCCUUUUAACCAUGCGUAAAUACAGGUCACAAUAGUAGUCCUUUAUUUGUACCAUAGGCAUAUUCAGUGCAAAAACAAUAUUUCCCCUUUGAAAGUCGGACGACCCGAUUACUACUAGGUUCUAAGAAAGUCCAGGGAAAAUUUGAUUGUUUGGGGGAAAUGCUGCGUUUUGACGGACUUGUGCCAAACUUUUGUUUAAUUACUAUUGUUCUUUUCUCACCGUAUGGCUUUUUAUCAUUAUUAUUAUUAUUAUUAAUAUUUUAUUUUUUUAUCUUCAAAUAAGAUUUUCCAUGAUAUUUCCCUUAAGCUAGGUUGAACUCGGAAAUGGUUAAGGAUAGGAUUAGGAAGUAACAGAUUGUAGUCGAUAGAAUGUAAUCAUUAGAAUGAAAUAACUUUGUGAAAUGAGACCUAUGACAGAUUUUAAUUCAAUUAAGUUUAUACUAUAUUGUUGGAAAAGAAUUUUAGUGAAUUAAAAUUUAUGAUUUUAUGCCUAAAUAAUUUUAUCAUUAUUAUUAUUAUAAAGCUUUGAUAUAUGUAGCCUACAACUUACAAAUAUUUUUUUUUGACUUGAUAAUGAGAAACGUCGUCUUUUUGUAGCAAUCUUAAAAAGUUCUUAAGAAAUGUUUUAUCCCAAUUUUUUAUAGUUAAAUGUUUUUCUAAAUCACUUCUUAUUCGUAAAAAAUAAUCACACAGUUAAUGCUAAGAUUAACAGACAAAUUUACUGAUAAAAAUUGUGCUGAUUUAAAUAUAACAACAUCAUUAAAUUUAAACAGCAAUUCACUUGAUACAAUUAUUAUUAAAACGAGAUCUUAUCACAACUUUUACUUGAAAAAAGAGUAUUGAAUUUCUAAGUGUUGUAUUUGCAGCAGGAGGAAUAGCAUCAGUUACUGUAUUGCUAAAAAAGGAUUUGCUUUAGUAGCGAUUUCAAUUGUUGCAAUGUUAAUACAAGCGUACUUAAAACAGAAGAAUAUUGAUGCAAAAAUAGAACAAUCCAAACACGCACACAUUAAAUAUGAACAUAUGUUAAGUGAAAUCAAGAGGUAUAUGCGUGACACUGAAUUCAAGGACCAUGAUCUUAUUAUAAAAUUACAACAUAUAGAUAAUGAAAUAAUUGAAUCAAAACCUAACAUGAAUAAAUAUAAUAAGAAGUAUCACAAAAAGUACAAAAAAAUAAGAUCAUUUAUCAAAAACGUUAUUUUUUAAAUAUGCUGCAAUAUUUCUUUAGUGUUUGUUUACCAACUUUCAUAUCAAAUAAGUGUUUUAUAUCGUUAUCCAUUUAACUAAAGAUUCUGAUGAAGAUUUAAUUAAACUUAACAAACCUUUUAAUCUUCAUUUGUACCAUUUAGUGUUCUACUAUUUGAAAUAAACGGUAAAACUUGUCUAUUUCGUUGUAGCUUAACGUGAUAUUGUGCUUAUCAAUUGUAUUAUUUAAAACCUUAUUCACAUGAUAUUUUCUUCGCAAGACUGAUUUUAUUUAUUAUUAUUUUUUUAUAACUUAAAUAACAAUAGCCUGGCACAAACUCAUAAUUAAUGACCUGACCACAUUGGCGGCAAACAUUCAAGCCAUUAUAAUUAAUCAGGUCUUGUUUUUUACAACAUUUCUCAUCUGUUUUAACCACUUAAUCAUUUUGAAAAUGAAACUCAUGAAAUAUAUCUAGUAAUCUCGUCUACAUUUAUUAAAAGUAAAAUAUUUUUAAAGAAUCUUUUGUAAAAAUAGUUCUGACAAAUAUUUAAAUGGAAUAUUGAAGGGAAUAAAGAUAAGCCCUAUAUCGAGGAACUUUCUUCCCAUCAAACAAAAAAAAGUAAAAAACAAAAUCUAAAUAAACUCUUGAGUAAAACUAUAUAACGGCUUUACAUAAUCGGUUGCGCGAUUUGAUAGAAGCUGGGAGGUAAAAAGUGCCUGGCGCGGCGAAAGCCCUUCGAGCGAUGCACUUCGUUCCCACUCGGAGUAUACGCUGAGCUAGCCUGUCUUUUCUCUUUUAUUGGUAAUAAGCUAGGUUGUCUUCCGCGAAGACUAGAGCUUGAAUUAAAGUAAUUUUCGAACCAUCCCGUGUUCAAAUACUCCCUUUUGAGGUCUUGAUAUGAAAUUCAAAACUUAGUGAAAAUGCCCUACCCCUCCCUGUUCCUUUUCGUUUGGCGUUCCCUCAUUCGGUUGCUCUUCCUUGCGUGACUUCUCACAACCUCGAAACUCAGAGUCAAGAUGGCGCUGCAAUCAUCGAUUACUCUUCUUCUUUCGUUUAUAUCGGUGGACUUGUCCUAUUCGGCGAAGAUUGCAGGUUUUAGCGGAGCAGCGUCAGGAUCUCACUAUUUCAACUUGAAGAAAGUUAUGGAGGAGUUGGUUUCAUGAGGGCAUGAGGUAAGGUCGAUCGAACGAUAUCUGUUGAUUAUUUACGGAGCUUGAGAUGAAUAUUUACCGACUCGUCACGUAACUUACCUGAAUAGCUGGCGGCUUCGUGUGCGCUUUGAUGUUAUGGUUAGGGUAAGGGUUAUAGGAAGCGGAAAAGUGGAAAAAUUAUCAUACUGAAAAACCUCCCUAAUUCUGAAAAUUUGCCAACCUAUGGUCUGAAAUUGAAUUGCUUGAAAAACUCGUCCAUGCGCACAUUUUCGAUUUCCUAAUUAUUUCUUCGACUAGAGUUUGUUCGUGUUGCGAAACAGAGCUGCAAAAUAUUAGAUGGUUUAUCUUAUGCCACUAGAUUUAAUGCUGCUUGACAGAUAACUCGAAGGGCUUUGGUGUUAGAAUUCGAUGUUGGAAAGACUAAUAAAACGCACUACCGAAUGCCGUGAAACCAAAAUUUAAUGUCAUUUUCCAACAGUUGACCCGUUUUUUGAAAUAAUUUCCCCCAUGAUAACCGUGACAGCACGCGAGGCUAUUUAGAAUUUCUUUGAUAGCUUGCAUGGAGGUGAAAAGGAGAGCAAUAAUUUAUGUCGAAUGGUCAAGUGUAUUGUGCGCCUUUUGAUUUGACGUUUUUAUAUUAAACGAUCUUUCACAUCUUACUUAUUUCGACCUCUAUCUAUGCAUGUGAUGCAAACCAGCGUUAUUGCAGCCCAGCAAACACUGAUGAAGUGCAUUUGAGGUCUCCAGCUCAGAAACAGGACAAUUUGCCGGCUUGUUUUGCUCUUUAGGGUUAUGUCAACUGUCAAAUGGUUCCGCAUCGCUAACCUACAUGGUAAAAGAGCUAUGAUAUGUGUUCGGACUUUGCUUUCGUCUAUUUGUAAAGGUUUUGGCCGUUCAGAAUUUCUUCUUCGUUCACCACCAAACCCCAUCUCGUCCAACAAUGUUUCGACGUUUGGUCCCUUCGUCCUUUCACAGCUUAUCAUUGCGUGAUAUCUUGUAAAACAAAAAGAAAAAAAGACAACAACAUACUGUAUAAUGUUGCAUUAAUCAACAUUUACUUAGCAUAUUGGGCCGGCGUGUUGAUCUGCUUGAAGACCAGUUCUUACGAGUACCACCGUCGCUUUUAUAACUUUUUUAAUUCUCCCAAUGGUUUUUCUCUUAAUCGUGAAUUCGAAUAAAUGAAAACUCAAAACUUAUCCUUUAGUUUUUCGUGGCUACUGCCUCCUGGCACGAAUAUUAUCGAAAUGAAUGAGUGACGGUAAGUAACAAAAGUAACAAUAGAACGCUGAACUUCAUACAUCACUAGCCACAAGCAGUCCUAUUUUUUAGAAUAUACCACACACGCGAUAGUGCAUGCUUUUUGCUCUCUGAUUGGCUAACUUGAAUGGACUUAGUCAAGCAUAGCCGAGCGAGCACCUCUUACCUGCGACCUGCGAUCAGCCGAGGAACGACAACAUGAGCCUACCGUUUCACCAUGGUUACCUGAAGGAAAACUAUUACAAGAAGUAGACGAGGAUGGGGGAGAUGGGCGAGGGGGGGAGGGGGGGGGGGGUGGUGACCCACAAAUAAUGCAAAAGAAACAAGAGAGUUUGGUUCGGUGGUAUUACAUGCCAGGUUAUUUGAUCUUAUCAGUCACCUGUUUUUGAGACGAAAAAUCACAGUUUUCCAUCUGUCGAGCAUUUCUUAUGGGAAAAGAACGAACAUGUUAUGUUUGCAGGAAUUUUUUUCAAGACUACAAAAGACCAAAGCGCUAUUCAUGAGAAAACACUUAUCGCGAAGAAGUUUCACGGGGUGAGUCAUAUGUCGAGAUACAAUCAGACCCUCGGCAAUACUCCCUAAAUUGAAAAUCUUGCGUCUACUAUUCCAAGAAGCUUGAAGUUUUCCCCAAGCUUCUCUCGAAAAAUUGUUUACUUCUCAGAUCAGAUAAUGUUUGCGCACAAACAUCAGGGCACAUUUUGUCGCCAAAUGGAGGCUCAUGGCUUUUAAUGUCCUUACUGCUGCAGGUGGUGCUUAUUAAACCCGCUUAUUCCGACGAGCCACCGAGCACUGAGCAAAAGGUUCUCCACAGGACGUUCAAAAUAUCAUAUGUUGAAAAAGAUGGCGAGAUACUCGUGAUAAAAACUUCUAUUGAGGAGAGCAUGUGGAAAGGAUUAACCAACCUCAUCGAAAUAACAAGAGUCACGUGUGAGUCAUUGCUGAAUGACACAGAGAUACUUCAUGAAAUAAGGGACUAUGACUUGAUAGUGUACGAAAGUUUGGGAGUUUGUGCUACUCUGGUGGCUGAACUCCUCGACAUUCCCAAUGUGGUCAUUGUUUCAAAUCCUCCGAGCAAUUUUGACAGUUCUAUGUACAGGGUGCCAAUGCCUUCAUCAUACGUUCCUUCACGUCUGUUACCGUUUUCCUGUGAAAUGUCAUUUACAGAGCGUGUGUUAAACUUUUUUGUGGUCAACAUUUUUCAGUUUUUAUUGGAAACUUUGUCUGUCAGAUCCUACAGCUCUCUGAAGGAAAAAUACAAUAUUACUCCUGAAGUAAGCUACCGUGAAGCUGUUGCCAGCGCUGAACUUGUGCUUUUUAACGGUCAUUAUGCGGUUGAGUGUCCACAACCUCUUCUACCAGGUAUGCUCAACAGUUAUCGCUAAUACUCAGACCGUAAUAUAUCAUUUAAUGGUUUUAACAGAGGGAAAACAGUCAAACUUGUGGACUGAUCGUUCGGGUAACAGUGGUCCUGAGAAGAACUGUUGUGGCUACACGUGUUUCAAAAUUCUAAGGGGUAGUCAUAAUUUGAGUCCAAAUAUUAAUCUUUGUAAGUCAAGUGUAACAAGUCUGGUUCGUGAAGAGCGAUUGGUUAGUUUAGCCUUAACGUCAUUGGCUGGAAGAGCCACAUAGCGUAAGUCGGUCGUGAUGGUCAGCUGAGUUAAGUCGUUUUUCUCGGUUCCUUUCUCGUACAAAUGUCGAGAAUAACUCGUUUAUAUAGUAAACUAGCUUUCCGAGGUCACUAUAAGUCGUUUUCAUUAGAAUCCAAGUCAAUAGUGCUGUUCGUAUUGAUUCUUUUUAGCUCUGUAUCUCUGCUUAUUUUCCUGCAGGUCAAAUCAUAUUGGGUCCCAUCGCUGUCAAACCUGAACCAGACCCACUCCCCCCUGAUUUGGCAGAUUUUAUUAAGGAUUCAGGGGGACAAGGGUUUAUCAUUGCCUCUUUUGGAUCGUAUGCGAAAAUGACUAUUUCUAACAGGACGAUCGAUGUUUUGGCAGCGGCUUUUGGAAAGUUGAAGCAGAAAAUCAUCUGGAAACAUAAAGGUAAUUUAAAAGCCGUUCUCGCGUUUUCUAGUUUGUGGCACAAAAUGCGUUGUUUAAACAUCUUAGUCUAAGAUGUCGUGUUAUCUCCUAUAAACUAACUUUGUUAUCAAUAAAGAUUUGGUUAUACAUAAACACUAAAAAAAUAGCGAUAUGAACCGGCGUUUCGGAGUCUUAAUAACGCCAUUGAUUAGGUAAGGAUAACACUCGCAGAAGUCGUUAUCCUAACAUUUACCCUGACCGAGGCGUGCUGAAGACUCCGAAACGUCGGUUCAUAUCACUAUUUUUGUACGCGUUUAUGUAAAACUGACUUUGACACGAUUUUAAAACUUGUCAUUUGGUGUCAGCUUAGUUCACGGUGUCCGCCAGAAUAACGCUGAGUCCACUUACAACAGCUCUAGUAGAGUUUCGGAAACCACAACCAAGUAAUCACAAGAGCCAAUUGGAGGUUAGGACGACAUCAUCGUUAGCCAAUGAGAGGCACAAAAUUCAUGAAACGCGGGAAAACACGAGUGACGAAAUCACAAUUGGUUUUCGUUGUGCAUCUGAUUUCAUAGUUGAGAAGGUGCAGUGACUUUUCUGGACCAGUCAGAGUCUAGUAAAUCUAAACCAAAGCAAUAAGGAAUUACUAGCGACACGCAAUUGAAAAUUGUUCCACUAAUAUUUGUUUAUAAAUUCCUUUUCAGGCUACAUUCCGUCAUCUGUCGGUCCAAAUAUCAAAGUAGUGAGUUGGAUACCACAAAAUGAUCUGUUGGCUCACAGGGAUAUCAAAGUUUUUGUGUCUCACGCCGGAACUAACAGCUAG